AUGCCUUUUAACGAAGGAACAAAAUCCUUUGCAAAGACAAGCAUGUCCGAUAACGAAAUGAAAAAUUCUGUUAAAAAUCAUUUUCGAAUCAUAAAUAAUUUUGUUAGCGAUGAAGAAAAUGAUUUUCCGAACGUGCAUUAUUCUCGUUCACGGGUGAAAAAAUUUCUAGAUCAUAAAAGAAUAAAAAAAAGAGCUCAAUUUCCGGUUACGCUAGAAGCUAAAGAAGCGGCCAUGUCAAAUAUAUUAGAUCCUAAUUUAAAUUUGGAUGGCAUAUUAGAACCACACAUUACCGGCUUGACAGGGACUUGGAAAUUGAUACAAGAAUUAUUGAAUCAAGUGGUAAAAACCUUUGGGACGUUUCCAUAA